UAUCAUCGCAGCUAGUCAGCCGCGAUACACCUUCGUAUGAAGCAGGAAAGCAGUUGUCUCGCGGAUUUCACGAUAGCGUCGUUGCCUUGCACCAUGAGGGCGAGUUUCGCGGUUCUGCUGCUGCUUCUGGGCCUCGUCGCCCUCAGCGAACAGCAAAGCGAGCCCAUCUCUUUGACGACGACGACGACGACGACGACGACGAUGACGACGACCGAGACGCCGAAGGUUCUGAAGAAGGUGUGCGAUGUUUGCAAUUGUACAGCAGAAGAAAUAAUCGACUGCUCUAACCGUAAGCUCGAAACGAACCUAGAAGAGCACGAGUGGCCCAAAGGUCCUAUUAAGCUGAUCAGUUUCGAGAACAAUGCGAUCGUUCGGGUGAAGCCCUUCCCCAACAUAACGGUCGCUCAGCUAACUCUACACAACAACAAGAUCGAGAACAUCGAGCGUCAGUCGUUCAAAUGGCUCAAGAACCUCACGCUGCUCGAUCUGAGUCAGAACAAGCUGAACUACGAGAAUUUCAUGCCGCACGCGCUCGAGGGCCGUUUUGCACCGGAGGCUUACGAGCCACUGGACAAGCUGAAGAUCCUGAACCUGAGCGGGAACGAGUUCCACUCGUUGAACCGCGAUCUGUUCGAGCACGUUGAGGAUCUGAAGACGCUAAUCCUCUCCAACAACCCGUUCCUCGUUUUUGACCAGUCCUCGACCAUAGCCAUCAGCAGUUUGCCGUACCUCGAGGAACUGGACCUGAGUCUUUGCACGCUGAAGAAUCUGGCCGACAGUACGCUGCACACCGUGAGGUACCUGAAGAAACUCAACAUCAGCUACAACGAAUUCACGAAGCUGCCGGACGCGCUCCGCGACAGCCCCUCGCUCGAGACUCUCAUCCUCGACGGCAAUCCGAUCGAGAUGUUGGGCAGGAAGAACUCCUUCCCGGUCAUGCCGAAACUGAAGGAACUGAAUCUCUGCCACAUGCCGGAACUGCUGAGCAUCGACAGGGCCGCCAUGUCCAAUCUCGAAGCUCUGGAGAUCGUGAGGAUCGAGAACUGCACUCUGCUGGGUGAAAUCGACGCGGACGCUUUCGCCAAACCGAACGACGUGGGCGGCACCACUUGGCCGGCUCUAAAGACCCUCAACAUCUCGAGCAACGCUCUGCGCUAUCUACCCGGCAAUCUGCUCGUCCGCUGGGACAGGCUCGAAGAAUUGCACCUGAUGAACAACCAAUGGGCCUGCGAUUGCGACAAUCAGUACCUCAUCGGCACGCUUCUGCCGCAACACGGCAAGCGGUUGAUGGGCGCGGAAGCGGCUCUCCUGACCUGCGCCUCGCCGAUCGAGCACCAGAACAAGAGCCUGGCAGAGCUGGCCGGUCGACAGCUCCGCUGUCAGGACAUGUACGGCGCCAGACCUGAGCGGGACGCGGCCGUCCUCGUGGGCAUGCUCGUAGGGGUCCUCCUCGCCGUGCCGGCCGUCCUCGUGCUCUUUAUCCUCUGGAGGCGAGGAUUCAUCUUCUGCGGAGCCCAGGGACCCGCGAGCUUCUCCAGGGCCUUCUACAGACGCGCGCCGCCCUACGACGAGAACGUCUAGUGCUUUCGGGCUUCUUUCUACAUAUACUGGAUAUGCGAGAGAAAGCGACUUUUCAGAACAACGACGACCCAUGAAAAUUCGUUACUGUUCCUUUAUAGCCUCUAUAAGCUAGUUCCUAAGCCUGUUUUUACUUUGAUACUUGUACCAGUUCACACGUAGUAUGUAGUAUUCGCGCGAGAGAAAGAAGCGUCGACGAACGAACAAAGAGAUUGUCUUUUACUAAUAAAUCGUAAAAUCGCUCUAUAGAAAAAAAAAGAAACGAAAAAAGAAAAAAGAAAAGGAACAAAAAAAA